AUGUCGGACUCUAUCCGGCAGUCCCAACCCGACAUCUUUCCCUUCUUGUCACUUCCCCUGGAGCUACGGUGGAUGGUCUACAGGCAUGCACUGUCGACUCCUCACGGCCUCUGGAUGGACACCUACCGACGUGACAUCCCCGGGUUUUUGCGCAAAAAGAAUUACGAGCCGGCAGCCUCCGACCUCCUGGCAGCCGAAGGUCUCCACGGCAUCAUCACCCCCGCGCUCCUGCGAGUCUGCUCGCAGAUUCACCAUGAGGCAAAGCACUACAUCAACAACAACCAGUGGCGCCUAAACCGCUGGAGCGCCCGCACAAUUGCCGACAUUCCGCAAUCUGUGCGCGACAAGGUGCAGGCGCUUUUCCUGGGCCGCGACCCAUCAGGAAGCAGCGCCCCUGACGGCACCCCCUCCAAUCAGUUCGAAUCCCCCAUCGAACUGAUCUCCAGCCUACCCAAUGUCCAGCAUAUCACGCUUGGGAUGCUAGAAGACGACAAGGGCCUAAGCGGCACCCCUAAGCCCGGGGAUAUGGUCGUCGCGUCCACCCUGUUUGAGCGCCAGGAGCCGUGGUCUCGCUUUCACAUCUACAAGUACCUGUUCCAGCGAGGCUCGUUUAAGUCCAUCAGUCUCGAGUGCAUGUGGACAUACCCGUCCUGCCUGUAUCCGUGGGUGUACCUCUGGAGCUGGGUGACAACGAUGUCAUGGGAGUUGCUGCCUCACCAAGUGCAGCCGAAGCUAAAGGAGCCCCUGCGUGAGGUGACGAGCCACCUCGGAUUCUACGAUAAUGGCUUCCUGCCGACGUACCGAAACUAUGCCCCCUUAUUGGAUUCCAGCAACGAAAGGACCGCGGUCUUCCGGACCCUCCUAUGCCGCCUCCGGGAGGUGUGGGAGGAUUUCGGCGUCCGCGUGUACGCGAGAGAUCCGACGUCUUACGAGAGAGGCACAAUGGUCGUGUUUGAGCGGAUGUGA